CGGCCCGCGUCAUCAAUGCUGGACGGAGCAACGUAAACAACAGCAGUUACGUUGAAAAGCUGCGCGUCUACCAAAGGAAUGAUACAGAAAUCUCCCGAUUUAGCUCGUGAAAAUAAUAUGAAUUAUUCCAUGAAUUUCAAAAUAGACUCUGCCGCAUUUAGUGAUCUUUGCAGUUCUGUGAUUCUCGUUCCUUCUGCUGAAUGAGUCGUCGUUGUGGAGCCGGAGCAACACCGGGACCGUGGACUGAGCUCCAGCCGACCAGUAGAGCUGCCGCACGGCCAGCUAACGGCUUUAGCCGGGAGCCUCUUGAAGAGCAACAAUGACGACUUUAACCAGACAAGACCUGAAUUUUGGUCAAGUGGUGGCUGACAUUCUGUGUGAGUUUCUGGAGGUUGCUAUUCAUCUCAUCCUGUAUGUGCGUGAGGUUUACCCCUCUGGAAUAUUUCAGAAGAGAAAGAAAUACAAUGUACCCGUACAGAUGUCAUGUCAUCCAGAGUUGAAUCAGUAUAUCCAGGACACACUUCACUGUGUAAAGCCACUCAUUGAAAAGAACGAUGCUGAGAAGGUGGUGGUUGUCAUUAUGGACAAAGAGCAUCAUCCAGUAGAGAGAUUUGUCUUUGAGAUUUCCCAGCCUCCAUUGCUGUCCAUCAGCUCUGACACGUUACUGUCACAUGUGGAGCAGCUGCUGAGGGCCUUCAUCCUGAAGAUAAGUGUAUGUGAUGCUGUUUUGAGCAACAACCCACCAGGGUGCUCGUUUACAGUGCUAGUGCAUACUAGAGAGGCUGCUACACGCAACAUGGAGAAGGUUCAAGUCAUCAAGGAUUUCCCAUGGAUAGUGGCUGAUGAGCAAGAGGUCCACAUGCAGGAGCCUAGGCUCAUCCCACUGAAGACCAUGACGUCUGACAUAGUCAAAAUGCAGCUCUAUGUGGAAGAGAGAGCCCAGAAAACAUAGGUCACGUGCUGGCCGAGAGGAGCGAGUCCUCCGCAGCACUGAACUGGUAAAGACAACACCAAAUGAAUCCUGAACAAAGAAUACACCACAACCUACCAGAGCUCCAACGCCCAGAGAGACACAACAAGUGGAACUGCCGAGGAGAUGCGUUUUUAUGGGACGUGUUUGUUACUUGUGUUAAUUAUGCUGCAUGUUUAUGUAUUCAGUUUUAUUUAAGGUUCAAUCAAUGUUUGGUGCCAAUAUUGGCUUUUUAUUAAAAUAAUAUCUUGUCCAAUCAAUGUUGUCCACUGAUAUUGACACAGUAUCACUGAUUCAUCUUUACUGUAGAAUACAUCAAUACUAUGCUGGUUGUCUGUGGGAAGCCGUUAACCUGAACUUAUCCUUCCAUGAAAUCUGGACAGAUUCUGUACAAGUGUAAAUGAAGAGUUGCAGUGAGUGUCCUAUAAAUAAAUGCUGUUUAGGGGCGCAAGGAUUUGAAUCACAGUGAAUGUUUAGUUGGCAAUAAUAUCUGCUAUGGUCUUCAAAAAGCCGUAGUAUCUAACCCUGUUUUGUCCGUGUUUGUAGUUUAUUCCUUAAUGUAGGCAAAUUCUGUUAUUUACAUCUAAUGAUCCUUCGAGGGAAACUGUCAGGUUCAGCUCUGGGGCCGGUCACGAUUCAUUCCCUGUGUCCCAAAAACACACUACAUGCUAAUACUCAACAGUACAAACACUACACACAUUUCCUUAGGAUGUGGUUUUGGCAGUUAUUAUGAUAGCAACUCAACAUACUGCCCUGUUUUUGACUGACUUUGAUGUCAUGUGAUGUACGUCUGGAACGUCUGCUGCCUUCCAGCUUUUCAAAAACAGCUAGAGUGCAAAUACAAAACAUUGUAUCUGAAGUCAGAUUUCAGUUUAUGGUUUUCAUGAACUUCUUGUUUACUGUUGCGCCCGCACUAGCUCCUUCACUUGUCCUUCUUCUUCCCACAAUGCACUGCAUUCUGGGUAAAGUGUAGAGUAACUGUACACUUAGAAUACUGACCUUUUCAGUACUUUUCAGAGUCUUACAGUGGCAUUAUUAAAAGAAGUAGAAAGUUGAGUACCCAGUUGAGUAUGUAUGUUGAUGUUUUUGAGUAUACUGUGUUUUCAUACUUAUACUAUGUGAACACACUGUUUAGUCCAGACUUGGCUAGAACGAAUAUGUAGUUUGCUUUUGGGGCCCAGCUGUUGUCUUGCUCAGGGACACUCCGGCAGUUUGGUGGUUGAACCCUGACUCUGAGGUUGAGGAACAUUGUUUUUUUUACAUUGUUCUGCCUAAGGUAUCCACAGUGACAUCUGCAAAGCUGUAUCAAAGUAGUUUGGAUAUGCAUUAAAGUACAUUUCCAUUUUUUUUUCUAGACAUGUCUGCAUAAUAGUGGGAUACUGUGUUUUCCUAUGCACACCCUGAAUUAGUGGUAAUGUGCUCCUCCACUGUAAUGUAACAUGUUUUGGUACUGAGACCCAGGAACACUGUAUAGUUUUCACUGCUGACAGCAUGAUUAGUUUAAUAUUUGAAGGACUGUAUGAAAUGCUAAUAAAAGCUCAUUUUCAACUGAUCA